AUGACAAGGAAUUUGCGCUGGCCAGCCUUAAUGGCAAAGUUAGCGACCGUUUUAUUAUUAUUAUUAUUAAAUCUAGGACUAGUUUUUUCAUAUACAUGUAAUGGAAUAGACUCGAGUGAAAAAAGUAGGGUCUGUUCAGGACAUGGUUUUUGUACAUAUCAAGAUACUUGUCUUUGUUAUUCAGGAUUUGGUGGCAAGUUUUGUUCAUCAAAAGUAGAAGACCCAUUAGCAGAAUAUGUCUUUGUUAAUGGUCAAAAUUUUGUUCAUGUUGAUUCAACUUGUUCGCUAAAAGUGAGUGGAGCAAGUGUUUCGUCGAUAGGCUUAUUAUCUCCUCAUCAAUUCUUAACUGAAAACGGAGGUUCUUUCCACUAUGGAGACCAGCUCUCCACACAACUUUAUUCAUCAGCAAGGAAAACCUACUCUCAAUAUAUGGACACUCCAUGCGAUUUUACAUUUUCAUCAUCAGAUUCCAACUUGCCACUUUUACAAGUUGAGGGAGGCAAUAUUUAUUGCUUUGAGAAUGGAUGGUUUGCUGCACAAACAAACGAAGUGAAUCCACCAACCCUGGUGGUAAAGGGGAGUGAGGAGGUGGUUCUUAAGUUUCCAAAUAGUGAAGAAGGAAGACUCAUUAUUGACCAUUUGGAUGUCCAACUCUCAAGACAUGCUUCAAUUGAUAAUCUGGUUUUCGUCGCAAAAUCAAGUGAAAUAAGAGGUGGCGUAUUCAAGGGUAAACUCUUCACUGAUGAACUUUCCUCCAUCACCAGUACACAGAUUGACGGUAAGGUGUAUAUUGUUGGACAAGGUGGAAAUAUACUCUUGAAAGGUGUUUCAUUCACUCCACGACGAACAACAAGGAGAUACAACUCAAAAGAAAUCACUGCAUGCUCAAAAGAAACAACUUGUUCAAGUCAUGGAGAAUGUGAUGUCUCUGAUUCAUGUGUUUGUUACUCCAAUGCUGAUGAAGGUUAUUGGACGGGAGCUUCAUGUAAUACAUGUAAAAAUGGAUACUACGGAGAGAAAUGUGCCACAUCUGCUGCGGGUCCUGCUACAAUAACUGAUGACUUUAGAGGAAUUUCAUUCGUCUUUCAUUCCCCUUCAUCUUUUACUGGUUCUGAACUCUCAUGCUCCAAAGUUUUACAUCCAUCUGAUUUAUCUGGAGAUCUUUAUGGAACCAGUGCGAGUGUGAGAUGUUUUUACUUGGACAAGUCUACGUAUCGUUUUCUCAUCAAGUUUGGAUCAAUUGAUUUUUCUCUUCAAUCUGGGGUUAGUAAUUUGAGAAUUAAUGCCGGUGCUUUUGAUAAUUCCACAUCUUCUAAUACUAUAACAUAUUUGAGUUUUGUUAUUAAUCCACCAGCAGUUAUUGCAACACCAAUAGCAACAAUAAGACUUCCAGCAGUAGAUACCUUCAGUUCUUGUGAUACCAUUCUUGUUGACGGUUCUCAAAGUUAUUCGGUAGAUGGAAAGGCAUUAACCUACAACUGGGCAGUGGUGGAUUCAUCAUCUUUGAGUGUGGUAUCCACAUCAUUUGCUAAUAGCGCCUUUAUUACUUUGGAUUCCUCUCUCGCUGCCGGAAGUUACAAGAUGAGACUUCAAGUAAGAAGUGAAUACCUCAGUAAGGAUAGUAUCAUAGUUUACUCUAGUACUUUUGUGAAAUCAACAAAAGUAUUGCCAAUUUUAACAAUUGCAAAGGAUCAAUACACUCUGACUAAAUACUCAAAUCAAUUUCCAUUACUGAUUAACAAAUUUGUUGAGCACUCAUCCUGUAGGGCUAAUGGUGAUACAAUAGUGGUCGAAUGGUCUCAAUUGAGUGGACCAAGUGUUGCAUAUAAUGUAGAUUCAUAUAAUGAUCUUUUUAUUCCAAAAUUGACAACAUUUGGUAGUAAUACAUAUACAUUUAAAGUUUCCGCAUAUUAUGCUUUGGAUCAAAGCACAAAGACAUCAAGUAUCAUUACACUCAACACUCAAUCUCCUAAUUUAAUUUUGAACUUGAUGAAAUAUGAAGCUAAAUCAGAUUACACAACAGUUCAAGUUGACUAUUCUGAUCCAGAAUCAAUAUUCAACACACUCUCAUCAGAGACGUGGACCUGGACCUGUUUAGAUAAUACCUCUCCUCGUCUUCUCACCUUACUAAGUGCCAUUUCCAACACCAAAAAGACUUACUUUACAGUUUCCACUUCUUUAUUCGAUAUCAUUCCAAGAUCCGUUGAUAUUUCUCUCCAAAUUGUAAAGUCAGAUAUGAGAAGCAUAACCAAGGGCAUAACCAUUUAUUUUCAAACAAUUCCUCCAGUUGUAAACUUUGUUACAAUUGAACCAAAAUCGUCAGUAAUAGCUCCAGGAAAGAAUUUCGUCUCACAAAUAUUUGUGACAUCUUUCUCUGACAAGACAAAUUCAACAUGGAGUUUGAACGGCGUUACUUUAUACUCAGGAAUAAUUCAAUCAGGGUCAUCUCAAACUGUAAAGGUUGAUUCUUCUAAGUUAACAGAAGGUUCUUCUAAUGUUUUGCGAGUAGUGGUUAACGACGGAACAAUCAGUCAAUCCACCCAACUAACUUACAACUUCCAAGUGGGCAUCUCUCCAAAAGUGUGUAAUUGUGACAUUUCACCAACCAGUGGUAGUGCUAUGGAAUCACAAUUUCAGUUUUAUUGUUUGAAUUGUAAGAGCUCGAUCAAUAAUAUAGAUUUUAGGUUUGGUUAUAUAGAUGAUAGAGCCAAUUUAAAAGUUUCUCUCUACAAUAAGGGUAAUUUCUUUUCUACUAAAUUGCCAGGUCCAACACUUUCCAAUAAGGUAACCGUUUUCUUUGAUAUUAUUGAUGUUACCACUGAAUCAACAACGACAAUUUACAAGGACAUUACUGUAACUUUACCUGCAGUAGCUUCAAAUGUCACCCUUGUAUUAGAAAAGUCACAAGGUUUUAAUUCUUUAAGUGAUUCAUAUCUCACUUCUGGUGCUUUUGGAAAGAGUUUCUAUCAAUCAUCUGCAACUUCAAAAAUUGAUUCUGUUUUGCUCAACUCUGCUCUUAAUGGGCUCGAUUUACUCUCCACUGCAAAGGAGUGUACAAAUGGUAUACAAACAACAUCUGGAGCUUGUAAAUGCGCCGAUGGAUAUGUAGGAAACAAUUGUGAUGUUCAUGUGACCGAAUAUGAUAAUAUUCAAAUGGAUAAGUCAACGCUAUUGAGAAGCAUGCUCCAAGUUUUCAAUGGAACUAAUGUUGUAGUUGAUCAAGAUUAUGUCAUCAUGGUAUCUAUUGCCAUAGAUUCUCUCAUAACAAACUAUCCAUAUCUCAGUAACAUAACAAUUUCUCAAGCCUUAACAACUUUGGACAAAUUUAUGGAUGAUGCCUUAUUAGUUUCAGAUCUUGGAAUACCUAUUGAACUUUAUAAUCUCUUGAUCAAAUGUUUAAAUAAUGUAUAUCAUUAUAUUUAUGAUAGAAAUGGAGGAGGUUAUUCUAACGGUAUCAAGGUCUUUAGAAUUAUGAAGAAAUUCUCUCUUUUGAGAGCAAGAGAAAUCAAUGUAAAUUAUCCAGAAUAUGUCAGAGGGUCGUUCUACCAUUCAACUGUUGGAAAGAGUACUCUAUACAAUUAUCAAGCAACUCUUUUACAAGUUGAAUCAUCUACAUCCAUCUCUACUUCUCUCUUCUCACCUCAGACAACAAUUAUUACAAAGCCUUUCGCCCAUGCUUUAAUUGUUUCUGAUGAUAUCAUUGGUCUCAACAAGAAGUUGAACACCCCUCUCAAGACAAGCUUACCAUCUACUUACAAAUUAUCAAGUGCCGUUUCUCCAAUUGUCUCUCUUGCCAUUACUGAUAAUCCUGUCUCGUUUAAUGGGGAAGGUAUAGAAUAUAUCAUUCCAGUGAAUACCACCAACAUUGUUCAUGACCUAACUCAACAAUCAUUUUCAUAUGUAGUUCAAUCAAGAAUUUUCUACUGUGCUAAUUUUGAAGAUUCUGCAGCAAGCUUGGCAACUUUUUCCACAACAAAUUGCACUUACACCUCCUUGAAUUCUUCACUUGUUAAAUGUAAAUGUAAUCAUUUGACCAAUGUUUUCGUGAUGGAAACAACUACCGUCACCUAUGUUUCCUAUAUUAUCAUUAUUUGCGUUGCAGGUGGUAUCUUAUUGGUUUGUUGUGUUUUUACUAUUACAUUCAUUUGUGUGGCCGUAUGCUGCUGCUAUUACAAGAAGAAAUACCAACAAGAUGUAGUUGUCAAAAAGAAGGUAGUGUACGUUGGUAAGAGAAUGAAGGACGGGACAAUCAUGUUGGUGGCAAAAGCUGUCGACACUGAUAUUGAAAUGUUAGAGAAGAAUGGAGGUAAGAAAGUUGUAACCACCACAACCAAUACAACAACCAAUUCGUCUGAUAGCCAAUAUGCAAGCAAUCAAAAUAUGUUGGAAGGAGUGGCAAGACAAACAACCAGUGCUCAUGCCUAUAGGAAAGAGGGUGGUACCUUUGUCAGCACCGAGGAAAUGCAAAAUAGACAAAUGAUAACAGAGACUAAAGAAGGAGGACAUUCUGUUGUCAAUUACGAACAUAUGAGGUCAAUGGCUGAUAUUAAGGAUACAGGAAGCUAUCGUACUCUCACCAGUAGAAGUAACAGUGAAGAAGAAAAAAGAGAAUACAGUAGAGGUAGUAGCUUUAAAGGUAGUCAUUAUUCCUCUUCUCACGGAAGUAGGCAAGCUAUUAAUUAUGCUCGUGAGCAACAUGAACAUGUACCAUUUAUGAAAUCCCACUCUGAAACUAACAGAGGGUAUGAAUAUCACCAAACAGUUGAUGAGAUGAAUCAAGAGUCAACAACAUUGGAUGACUAUCAUAAUGAAGAUUUCAAUGAGUACUCAAGAACUGUUUCAAACAGUAAUGCCCAAUAUUACACAAACAAGAUUAAUACGUAUGGUUCAAGAAACCAAAGCAGCAAAUCUUCAAGAACUGAAUCGCCAUUCUCUUCUAAAGGAAGCCGUGAAAAGCAUGAACUUGUUGCUGUUUCUGCUGCUCAAAAUAGAACCAAUUCGAAUGCUGGCUAUUCUAAUAACUAUAGUACCUAUGAAACAACAAGAACUUACACUGAUGAAAAUGGACAAACGAGAACUGAAACCAUAAGAGGGGUCAAUGACAAUGGUAAAGUCAAUGUGGAAAAGGUGUUUUCUCAAAAUGGUCACUCUGAGGUUGUUUCAGGUAAUGGUUAUGAUGUUUAUCCAAAUGCUAUGAACAAUGAUAGAGGUGUUACUAAUGCUUCCAGAAAUCUUCAUACCGGGGAAUAUUCUUCUCAGGAACAUCAUGGUGAUGUCAGAGCCAUCAAGACUGGAUAUAGUACAAGUUAUAGUACUUAUGAAUCAUCUAAUAAUAAUGGUCAGAUUUUAACUCAAGAACAUCUUGGCGAUGCCAGAUUAAAGACUGGUGGAUUCUACACAAACUAUAGUACUUAUGAAUCUUCAAAUACUGUUAGUGACAAUAAUGGAACAAGAACAGAAAUUAUUAAGGGAGUGAACGAUAAUGGAAAAGUUAAUAUUGAAAAGAGUGUUUAUGAAAAUGACAAGAAGGCUGGUGUUGUAAAGCAAGAAUAUGUCGAACCAUCCUUUAUGAUUGAAGAAGAACAAGCAGUUAGUAAUCAUGCAAAGAACACUGCACCAAUUGCUCAAGAAGAGUUUAACAGCACUUUCAUUACAAAACAAAGCACUAGUGAUGAUUACUUUGCUCCUCCAUUCUUGACUGAAUUAUCCGAAAAGGAGAAGGAAUCCAAAUGUUCAUCCAGAAGAUCAUAUGCUUCUGCAAGAAGAAGCACUGGCAGGAGUAGAGUAACUUCUAGCUAUGGAGAGACUCAACAUUAUGACCAAGAGGCAUUGCUCCACGUAGAGGAAAAGGCUGUAGAAGAAACACCACAAGAAACAAUAGUAGAAGAGAAAAUUGUUAGACAAAGAAAUGAAUUCUCUCCUUCACCAAGAGAUACUGUCGAACACGUUUCCUAUGAGGUUGAAGAAAAGAUUGAUGAACCAGUUUAUCUUCCAAAGGUUGUUAGCCCAAAGCCAAGAGAGACUGCAAUUCAUCAUGUGCCAAAACGUGUCGAAGAAAAGCUAAUAGAUGAACCAAGACAUGUUCCAAAGGUAGUUAGCCCUCCAAAACCAAGUAAGCCAUUGAUUAAGCAAAAAUCUCAAUACAUCGAAGAAAAUGAAGUUGAAGAACAUAUUGAAGAACCAAGAUUUAUCAGAAAAGAUUCUGCUAAAUAUGUUGUAGAAAAAGAACAAGAAGCUGUCGAGGAGAGCGUUGAAGAUCAACUUUUUGCAACAGAAGAUUAUGAUGAAGAAAAGAUCGUCACAUCAAAGAAUAGCUAUGAACCAAAACAAGAAAUACACCAAACUAUGCACACCUCAUCUAAAAACAUUCUGUCUCUUCCAGAACACUUUACUGAAGAUAAGCUUAAUGGUUCCAGAACAAGGAGUUCAAGUUACAGCUCAUUCGAGUCUUCUAAAACUGUUAGUGAUAAUAAUGGAACAAGAACUGAAGUUGUAAAGGAAGUUAAUGACAAUGGUAAUAUUAAUAGGAGAUCUUCCUAUGACGAAAGAAUUCAUUCUGAAGAGAAACACAGUCAAAUUGUUGAAGAAGAAAAGAUUGUAAAGCAACAACCAAAGUUCAUCCCACAACAAGAAACAAUUGUUGAAAAGGUUGUUAAACAAGAACCUUCUUAUGUGGUUGAAGAAAAGGUUGUCAAACAAAAACCACAAUUCAUUCCACCAAAACCAAAGAAACCUAUUAAGGUCCAAUCAAAGAAUAACCAACAGGAAGAAAAUUAUGUGGUGGAAAAGAAAGCCAAGAAGAAUGAUUCAGAAUCUUCCAACUACAGCACUUAUGAAACAAAGCGUACAGUUACAGAUGAAAAUGGAACAAGAACAGAAAUAGUUAAGGGUGUGAAUAAUAAUGGAAAGGUUAAUGUUGAAAAGAGUACAUUGGUGAAUGGAAAAAGAACUAAUGUUGAACGUUCUGAAGAUUAUGACGAGAGUUACAACAACCAAGAAGCAGUUGUCAAUAAUCGUUCAAAGAAUAAUCAAUUCUCUGAACAUAACAUUAUAAAGAAGGAAACAAGGAGAACUAUCACUGAUGAGCGAGGUACUAGAACUGAAAUCACAAUUGAAAUUAAUGAUAAUGGCAAAAUUACAACUGAAACAAAGACACACUACCACAACAAGAAUGAACAAGCUAAGAAUAAUAAUAAUGGAAAAAUCAAUUUUUAUGAACGUAAAUCAAAAAAUAACCUCCUUCAACAACAAAAAGAUGUUAAUCAAGAAAGAAUGCAAGCAAAUGAAAGAAUUGUAAAGGCAGUAAACAAUAGAGCAAGAAAUGGUUCACCACCUGGGAAGAUUGUUAAAAGACAAGAAGCUAAACCAGUUAAAAUGGCAAACCCAAGUAGAAGUAUUUCAGCUCCUGAAACUAAGAAGACUAAAUCUGAACCUCAAUUAAUUAAGAAGCCAUCCCCAAAGACAGAAGAAAGUAAACACGUUUUGCAAAAGGUUGCUUCUAAUUCUAAGAAUGAAGUUAAGAGUAGGAUUGAAGCCAAGAGUAAGACCGAAGCCAAGAAGAAGACCGAAGCUAAAAAGGUUAAGAGAACACCUCCAGAAAAUGCAAACCAAAAUAGAAAGUCCGUUGAAUCAACUGAAACUAAGUCUGAAACCAAGACUGUUGUUAAUAAGAGCUCUAAUGAUAGAAAUAUUGAUAUAACAAAGGGUGCUAAUACCACUGCUGUCAAGUUGGAAACUAAAACUGUUGAAACAGAACAAGUUGUCAAUAAUAAGAGUGGACAAAACAACAAUUACAGUUCCUAUGAAACAGUCAAGACAACUGUUACAGAUAAUAAUGGCUCCAGAUCUGAAAUUGUUAAAACUGUUAAUGAUAAUGGACGUGUCAAUAUUGAAAAGUCUGUUAUCCAUAACCAAUCUUCAAUGACUGACAUGAAUGAUCAACAUGAAGGAUACUACGAAAAAGUUGUUCAUAACAAUUCAUCGAACUAUGUUAACACUGACCAAGCAGCAAGAGUUACUGAAGUUGUUAAUAGAUCUUCAGUUCCUCCUCCACAAACAAACUCGCAACCAGUCAUUCAUCAACCAAUUGUUCCUGUAAUUCCAAAGCCAAUUAUGACACAGCAAGUCGUUUCUCAACCAAUCCCUCAACCAAUUCCUGAAAGAGUUGUCAAUGAUUCUUAUAUUAAUGAAGAAUAUGUUGAAAAUAGAGAUGCGUACAGAAUGCAAGAAAAAUACAUGCAUGAACAAUCUCAACUUUCCAGCUAUAAUAAUCAAACAGAUUCUUCAUACGUAGUUGAUAACAAUAAGAAGAACGACAUUGUCUAUUACAAUGAGAGAUCAAUUGUCCAAGAUAGAAAUAACAUAGUUACAGGACAAGCCAAUCUUAACCUUAGAGUUGAAUCAGUUAAUGCUAUGAAUGAAAACAGAAUGAAGAAUUCCUCUACAGAAAUUGACCAUUCUAACUAUGGUAAAUCAACAACAGGAACCUAUGAAACAACUUACAAGACCUAUUAUAAGAAUGAUGGUACUCAAGAACAACCUCUCCCAAUCAGUUCAGGUCCUGUUUGGAGAGUUGACGGCGAUUUUGUUGGUAUUAGUAAUAAUAAUAAGGCCACUGUUGUUGAAAGUAGAGUUGUUGAAAAUAGACAAAGAAAUGAAUUUGCUCAAUCCAAUAAUAACUCUUAUGAAACUCCUCCAAGAGUUGUUCCAGUUAAUGAUUAUAUCAGUCCUCCAAGAUUUGACCCUCCAGUAUAUGAACAACCACAAAAACCGGAAAUUGUUCGACCAGUUUCAAUUGUUGUUGAAAAUCAAAAACCAAAAGUUGCAAGCACAUAUGUUGCCAGAAAUGAAGUUGCUGAAAAUAGAUUGAAGAAUGUGAGUUCUGAAAUUGAUUAUUCAGGCUAUGGAAAAGCCUCAACAGUUGGUAUUUAUGAAACAACUUAUAAGACUUACUUUAAUGAUGGAUCUCAAGAACCUGUUGUUAGACCUGAUCUUCCAAACACAUUGAAUAUUGGUAUGAAUAAUAAGAUUUCAAGUACUCAAAUGCAAAGCAGUUCAUACCAAUCCAAUAGUCAAGCCAAUAAUAACUUGCGCGUAAACAACUCUUACGUUGAAACUAGAAAUAAUGCCUAUUCAGAAUCAAGAAAUAAUGGUUAUUCAGAGGCAAGAAACAAUGCUUCAUAUAUUGAUUCAAGAACAAAUUACGUUAGUAAUCCAUAUCCGGGUGAUAAUCAAGCAACAUUUAAAAAUUAUCCUCCAACUGUUGAACCUGCAAAUAAUAGAGCUUAUCCAAGAGGUGAAAUUAAACCAAAACCAGAGAGAUUCCCUGUUGGUCAACUUCCAAGAGAACCUUAUGUUAACAAUGGUCAAAUUUCUGAUGAUCCAAUGCUUCACCAUGCAAAUAUUGUUAAGCAUAAGGAUGGAGGAUAUUAUAUUAAGGUUCAAAUUAAAGAAGAUCCAAAGGAAGGCAAGAAGAGCGUAUUUGUAGUCCCAACCGAACAAGAAUCAAAGCGUAGAGUUAAUCCAAUUCCACUCCAAAUGGUAGAUAUUUACUCUAUCAAUGAAAAUCAAGCUCGUCAAGUCAAUCUUAAUCAAGAACAACAAUAA